UUUACAUGUCGAUAUGUACAUACGGUUCGCGAGGUGUCGCCAGGUGAUGGAUCGCGAGUGACGUUUAGAUGCGGGCGCGUCUUUCCCGUGUAUAGCGGUACGUGAGGGGCGGAGCUCCGUGACGCGACGUGGCGAGGUGCGAAUCGGCAGGGCGACCGCGGCCGUGUGCGUGCCGAUGAUGAUGGCGGCUGGGAUGCCGCGAAACGCGCCGAGUACCUCGGCCGAAACCCCGUAUCGGCGAUUCCGGUUGCUUGCGUUUCGUGGAGGAGCGGAGGUAUUCGCAGUCCGAGAGCUGGUCGGGAAUCCUUCCCUCGCCAAGUACCUUGACGAGAGUUGGACGCUCGGGCUCGCGAGGAUGCGGAGGAUGAGGAGCGGUGCGGAAAUUUGCGGAGUACCUCCGCCGUGGCCAAGCAAUCUUCGACCACUUUUAUUUCCAGGAGUGUCAGACGCAGCGGAUCAACGGGUAAUGCUGGCUGACGGGAAACAGGUGCCUCUUUCGGAGCGCGUGGCCCUAUAUACGAGGUGUGAUCAAAAAAUAAGUACGCGAAGACUGCGGACGCGGCGGUGAAGCAUGAGAACGUCCAGAAGGUCGCGGCCUGGCCCAUCCUGUCCUCCAUAGUUGGAAACAGCUUGGUGACGGCAAACACCAGACUCCAGUGCACCACAAU